CUCACAUUCCACCGUGCCAGGACGCGCAUGCCAGGCGUGUGGCAGGCUACACCGUGCCUUGUUUUUCUUGUUUGUAAUGGGACACGCGGUUGUUUCGCCCUUGAUUAUUAUCUUGUUGGGGUGUUGUAUAUGGUUGUUGGUCUUUCCUAGCUACUCUUUAUUGGGAGACAGUAGCUAUAUUACGAUCCUAUCAAGGAGUAAAGAACAAGAGAGGGAGAAAGAUGUCGCAGACUAAUCUAACUAUGACACGUAAUUGGUCUCCUUGAUUUAUUUUCCCUGAAAGAACGCGAAGAC